AUGUACUUGCAAAAUAGACUACCAACAAGCGAUGUGGAUGGAAUAACACCUGUUGAAGCUUGGAAUUGCAUAAGACAUCUAAAGGUGUUUGGUUCAUUGUGUUAUACCCAUAUAUCAACUGUUAAACAGAGCAAGCUUGACAAAAAAGCGGAAAAAGGAAUUUUUGUUUGCUAUAACUCUAUCUCUAAGGGCUAUAGAAUUUACAAUAUUGAAUCUGGGAAAGAUUUUGUAAGAAGAGAUUUACAAUAUAGAAUUGAUGCUUAUUGGAAUUCAAAUAUCUCGCAAGUCAGAAGGAUGGAUGUUGAACCUGCGUUAGAAGAUUCAAAUGAAGACUUGGAAGUAGAGAAUGAUAAAGAUUUUUUUGUUAGAGGUACUAGACCUUUGGCAGAAAUUUGUGGAAGAUGUAAUCUAGUUUUCCCUAAACCUUCAAACUUUCAAGAUGCCGGUGGGAUUGAAGAAUGGAUGAGAGAAAUGAAGGAGGAAAUAGCCAUGAUUGAGAAUAACAAGACAUGGAAACUCAUUGACAAACUUGAAACAAAGCAAGUGGAUGAAGAGUCCUAUUGUGAUCUGAAUGUUUAUCAAGUCCGAAGGAUGGAUAUCGAACCUUCUUUAGAAGAUUCAAAUAAAGACUUGGAAGCAAAGAAUGAUGAAGAUUUUUAUGUUAGAGAUAGUUCUGCACCUGUUGCAAGGAUGGACGCCAUCAGAAUUUUAAUUGCAUUGGCAGCACAAAUGAAGUGGAAAAUCUAUCAUUUAGAUGAUAAAUCUGCCUUCCAGAAUGGUUUUCUAGAAGAGGAGAUUUAUUUAGCUCAACCCGAAGCUUACAAACGGAGAAAGUUUUUUGCAAAAAUUGAAAAAGGAAUUUUGGUUGGUUAUAGCUGUAUCUUUAUGGGCAAUAGAAUUUAUAAUAUUGAAUCUGAGAAAGUUUUCGUCACUAGAGAUGUGAAGGUGGAUGAAGUGGGAUUGGAAUAUCUCUCAAGUCAGAAGGAUGUGUGUUGA